GCAGCUCCAUAAAUCCAUCUCAUAUCCUCUUCACUCUUCAAUGACUCUCACUCUCUCUCUUCCCUCCCUCCCUACUCCUCGCCGCUUCUCAUUUCAACCACGUUCCGUACAAUUAUCUAUUGACUCUCCCGGAAGCUUCUCCCCAUCUGAACGCCAAACCGGCGUUGUCGUCAUCGGCGCUGGUCUAGCCGGCCUCGCCGCCGCCACCCGCCUCCAUUCUGAGAAUAUCCCUUUCCUCGUUCUCGAAGCCUCCGAUGCCGUCGGCGGCCGCGUCAGGACCGAUCCCGUCGCUGGAUUCCUUCUCGACCGCGGCUUCCAGAUUUUCAUCACUGCCUAUCCUGAAGCCAAGAGGCUUCUGGAUUAUCAAGCCCUCGACCUUCGGAAGUUCUACGCCGGAGCUAGAGUUUACUACGGCGGAGGCUUUCACACCGUCGCGGACCCGGUCCUGCAUUUUUGGGACUCGAUUCAAACAUUAACGAAUCCGAUCGGGACGGUUCUGGACAAAUUAUUAAUCGGAUUGGCGAGACUGAGGGUUUUGAGCCGAUCGGACGAGGAGAUUUUGGCGGCCGACGAGGUCCCUACCAUUGAUUUUUUGAGGAAAUUCGGCUUUUCUGAAUCAAUCAUCGGCAGAUUCUUCCGGCCUUUCUUCGGUGGCGUCUUCUUCGACAGAGAGCUCGAGACCACUUCGCGGCUCUUCGAUUUUAUCUUCAAAUGUCUCGCUCUCGGCGACAAUACUCUUCCGGCGAAGGGCAUAUCUGCCAUUCCCGAACAGUUGGCUUCGAAGCUGCCGACCGGUUCGGUUCUGCUGAACUCGAAGGUCGUCUCCGUGGACCGGUCCGGUUCGGGGACAGUGAGGUUGCAGAAUGGAGAUACCAUCAAAAGUGAGCUUGGCGUCGUGGUUGCAGUUGAAGAACCAGAGGUUGCCAAGCUCCUGGGGCUUAAACCAGCAGAGAAAAAACCGGCUCGGAGCACGGUUUGCCUGUACUUCUCCGCAGACCGCAGACAAAUCCCGGUUCGCGAACCGAUUCUCUUUCUGAACGGUUCGGGGAAGGGGAUAGUGAACAAUAUGUUCUUCGCCACAAAUGUGGCGCCAUCGUAUGGCCCACCCGGGAAGGCUCUGGUAUCGGUUUCUCUAAUCGGGCUAUACGACGCCGUUUCGGAUGCUGAUCUAACGGCCCAGGUUGUUGGGGAGCUCUCGGAUUGGUUCGGAGAAUCAAUCGUAGGGUCGUGGGAGCACUUGAGGAAUUACAGGGUCGGGUUCGCACAACCGAAUCAAAGCCCGCCCACGAACUUGGUAAAAGAUCCGAGGAUAGGGUCGGGUAUAUACGUGUGUGGAGAUCACGUGACUUCAGCUACGUUUGAUGGAGCUUUAGUGUCAGGAGGAAGAGCUGUGGAGGCAUUACUGAGGGAUAGGGUGAAGUCACCAAACUGAUUUAUUUUAUUAUUAAUUGUAAAUUUUCUAUUUUCUGUAUUUUAUUUUGUAAAUUUUUUCCAACUCUUUUUUGGUUGUCUUCUGAUUUUGUUAUGGCAUGUUGAUGACCCAUUGAUAAAUGAAUUUUAUUUAAGAUUUAUUGGUA